CCUCACACUAAAGCCCACAUACCGAACCAGGGCACCUCCAUACCAACCUCUAAGGACACCAUAUUUGUCGGCCGACUGAAACCAACAAUCACCGGACUUGAUCUCGAACGUUACUUUUCUAAGUUUGGCCCUGUUUUUUAUACCGAAGUGGCAACUUCCGAGGACACAGGCAUUCCUCGUGGCUUCGGUUUUGUCACAUUCAUUGACAGAGAGACUGCUCAGGGCGACGUUUUAGACGCCUGCCAUUUUCUCGAUGACGGCCGAGUGGACGUCAAGCCUGCGAGAGCCUGCCCUCAACGACAUUAUUCACCUUAUGACAUUCGACUAUUUAGCCGUUUCGACUGA